GCAACUUUUUCGAUUCCCACCGAAUUUCCUAACCGCCAUAUUUUCUCUCUCCUAUAAAAAAAACACUCCUGUGUUCUUAUUCAUUUCAAUCAAGUCAAUAACCAACCAUCAAAAUACAAACAAAUCUUACCCAACUUCACCAAAGAAACUCUCAAUUUAUCCUGAAAUUCUCAAAAGUGAAUAAAAAAAUGAGUUCAUCAGCUGGGAUUAAAUGGGCAGUAGCAGCAAGCAUAGCAGCAGUUGAAGCAUUGAAAGAUCAAGGAAUUGCAAGAUGGAACUACCCAAUCAGAUGCGUUCAUCAACAUCUGAAGAACAACAUGAGAUCUUAUUCUCAAGCAAAGAAGCUCUCUGCUAAUUCCUCUGCUUUGGUUUCUAAAAAAAUUAGAGAUGAGAAGUUGAAGAAAUCUGAGGAAUCUCUUAGGACUGUUAUGUACUUGAGCUGUUGGGGUACCAAUUAGUUUCUUGUUUAAUGUUUUGUACAUACCAGAGUACUACUACUAUAUAAUACCCGAGUCAUGUUCGGUUUUUCAAAUUAAGAAAUCCGAGUAAUGUUUGGGUUUUUUUUAGUUUGAUAUACAUGAAAAAAUAUGCUUAAUUAAUAAUAAAAAAAUGUUCUUGAAGA